AUCCUUUGAGAGUCUUGGCCAACUAUAUUAUGGGUCUUUGGAUCAUAAAGUUUAUUUUACAAGUUGUAUUUCAGGUCUUCAACAUGCGGCAACAAUGGUCUGGUGGCGGGGGUGAUGAGCAAGUACUUUGAGCCAGUCCUGGACCGUGAGUGGUCGUUCUACUGCUGUCGCUACAGCCGCCGCUGCCCCUACUCCUGCUGGAAAUCAUCGGAGGUGCCUGGGCAAUACAGAGAGGAGGGAGAGUUUGUCAUCCCCGGCUAUGGCUACUUCAUCAGAGGGGCCCAGACCACAUUCGAUGGAGUUCUCAGAGAUCGGCAGUGGAAGUACAUUGUGUGCAGAAUGACCGAUUUCGACUGUGAAUUUGAGAAUUUAUAGCUGUACAUUCAGACCCAGUACACAAGGCGAGAGGGCCACUGCUGUUUGGCGAAGAGAGUCCCGUGUGCGACAAACCGCUGCUCUACUACCAUCGACCAGAUGCUUCCCUCUACACGAAUUUGUCUCUGACUUCAACCACUAAUGUACGACUACACAAACCCACAACAGACCCCCUCCCAGUUAUCAUUAAGUCCAUUAUUCACCCUUGUUAAUGACAUCUCACUAUUUACUAUUAAUAUUGCAUCAUUCCUGAUAUUUGAUAAUCACCAUACUUACUUAUUUUUUGGAUGAAUUUUAUGUUAAGUUUUAGAUGUCAAAUCAUCAUCAUUAUCUUUAUAUCUAUCAUAGCACCAUAGCAAUACGAAUAAAAUGUCUGUGUACAGAACUUAGCCUACUUUUUGAAAUGAAAAAAAAUCAAGUAAUGUAUCUACUUGUUAUGCUAAAUAAAAGUCCAACGGUUGAAUGAUAA